AUGCAGUCACAGAAUGAAGGAUAUUUACAGAGGUUCCAGCGCUAUGCUAUGAGAAGAUUCCACACAAUGGAUCUGGCCACCAUCGCCAUCGCCACCAUCUUGAUUCUGUUGUUCUAUCUCUGGUUCAGACGUCAUGACCCACGUCUGCCGCCAUGUCCGGUCAGACCACUGCCUGUAGUUGUUCAUCUGUUGUCUCUGGACAAAGACCCCAGGGAACAGUACAAGAGAUGGAGGCAGAAGUGUGGGGACAUCUUCAGCUUGUACCUUGGUGGGCAACUUGCUGUGGUGUUUAACGGAUAUUCGCUGCUCUACAAGACGUUUGUGAAGCGGGGAGAUGAGUUCACUGCUCGACCACCUGCGUUUUUUGAUGAGGCAACUGGAAUGGUUGGACAUGGAAUUUUAUUCACAGACGGCGAUUUGUGGAAAGAACAAAGAGCGAAAACCGUGCAAAUCCUGAAAAAGUUGGGCAUGGGGAAGAAUGUACUAGCAGAGAGAAUUGAAGAAGAAACUGAAUUUUUUCUGAAAGCCUUGAGUGAUCUACACGGUAAACCAACGGAUAUCAGAGAACUGACUUACGCCUGUGUAUCGAACGUCAUCAGUUUCAUUGUAUUUGGACACAGAUUUGAAUAUAAUGACCAGAGGUUUCAAAACGCCCUACAGGCAAUGACAGCUGUUAUGAACAAUUUGCAGUCUACGUCCGUGUUAAAUUUUCUGACGUUCGUGCGUUUUUUGCCGUUUGAUUUAACCGGAGGCAGGGAGACUAAGAUGUCUGUUGAUCAAAUCCUAAACUUUGUAAGAAGUGAGAUGGUGAAACUGCAACAACAGAAUGAUCAGAAAGAAAAUUUUAUUUCAGCAUAUGAAUCUGAGAGAAAUGACCUGUUAGAAAAAGGCAUCAAAACAACAUUGGACAAUGAACAGCUGUUAAAAGUUGUUUACGAAUUAUUUUUCGCUGGUUCUGAGACAACUUCCCAGACAAUAAUCUGGUGCGUCUUGUACAUACUCAACUACCCGGAGGUUCAGGAGAAAAUCUACAGAGAAAUUGUUGAAAACGUUGGAACUGACCGGAUGCCCAACAUCUUGGACAGAACGAAGCUGCCCUACCUUGGCGCUGUUACCAUGGAAACCCUAAGGCUGUCUUGUAUGGUUCCGUAUUCCCUACCCCAUUCAUGUUACAAAGAUGUUGAAGUUAACGGUUACACAAUUCCAAAAGGAACCUUCAUCAUCCCUAAUGCACCAUCCAUUUUACACGAUGAAAAAAUCUGGGGAGAAGACGUCAUGUCAUUUAGACCUGAAAGAUAUCUGGACGUCAACGGGAAACUGAAAAAUCCCGAAGAGUUUGUCCCGUUUUCUCUCGGACGACGCGUAUGUUUGGGUGAGUCGUUGGCCAACAUGGAGCUCUUUAUAUUUCUCUCUUCCAUGUUCCAGAGAUUUGAGAUGAAGCCAGAGGAUCCAGGAUGUCUUCCUUCAAUGGACUUUAUUCCUGGACUAACAUCCAGAUCUUUGCCAUUUAAAGUUAGAUUAGUUGAGCGUCAACCCUGA